UUUUCGACAACCAAAAACAGGUCUUUGACAACACGCAUGGGACAUCUGCUGUCCGCUGAACACACAUAGAUUGACAUCCAGAAUGAUUUCCAUGGAUGCUGAAGAUGUUGAUGAACUUGGUGGUGACUUUGGUGGUAACAGUGAUGAUGAGGUUCCAGAUGCAAGAAAGCAUGCUCAACUGAUUGAUUCUAUCAGCUCCUUAGAUGGAAAGAAGAAUAAUCGUCAAAGUCAGCGUACAGUUCCCACAGCUCAAGUAUCUGAGUUUGGCUUUACUGGCAGUAAUAACAAAAAAGCCAAAGUGAGACUGCAUGAACUGGUCGGGUCACUCAAGAAUACCACAAAUCAUGGGGAACUCAAAAAACACCUCCGUACCAUAGACAAGCGCAGCAAAGUGGUCGCUGUUCCCUUACCAAAGCAUGAACGGGGAAAGAUUGAACGGUCAGUGGCAUAUGAGAAGACAAGUGAGGAGCUACAGAAAUGGGACCCCGUUGUCAAGGAGAACAGAAUGGCAGAGCAGAUAGUGUUUCCUCUAAACCAACCGUCAUUAAAACUACAUACAGCAAGGAAAUUUGCAGGGAUCAAGCCUCGAACCCCUUUGGAGAUGGAAGUGGCUGCAUUGCUUCAAGGUAAUCAGAAUAUCCCAACCAACAACAAGGAGCUGACGAGAGCCGAGGAAAGAGCGCUACAAGCUAUGAAUAUUGAGGAGGCCAGAGAGAGGAGAUCAGAGCUUCAAAAACACAGGGCUCUUCUUUCCUAUAAGGAGUCCAAGGCCCAUUGGCAGAAAAAGAUAAAAAGUAAAAAAUAUCACAAAGUAUUGAGGAAGGAGAAGAUGAAGAAUGAGAAAAAGGCACUGGAUGAGCUCGAAAAGAACGAUCCAGAUGGAUACCAGGACAAACUAGAUGACGUCAACAAACAGCGCAUUCAGGAAAGGAUGAAUUUGAAGCACCGCGGCGGGAGCAAAUAUGCCAAGAAGCAAAUGAUAUAUGCCAAGUAUGAUGAUAAGGCUCGUCAGUCUGUCCAGGACAUGCUGCAAAAGAGUCGAGAGCUAACCAACAAGAUUACCAUGGAAACUGGGGAAAGUGACUCUGACGGAGGCGUUUCUAUGGACAGUGAAGACGAGGCAGCCUUGCUGGACGGUACAACUGAGGAAGGGAAUAAGGCACAGAAGAAUCCAUGGAUGUCCACAGGAACUAAACGUCCCAAAGCAACAGGAUUUGAGAAACCAGUGGCGAUUGUCAAUACUGAUUUUCAACAGGACGUAUUGAAGUUGUCGUUGAACAGGGCAGAACCAGAGCCACAAUCCGAUGAAGAUUCAAAUAUUAAUGAGAUUGAAAAAAUCUUUGAAUCACCAAAGGUCAACACAAAACCAGAAAGCAAAAAACUGCCAUCGAAAGUCAGUACAAAACAAGAAAAAAAUAAGAAGAAGAAGCAGAAAAGAAAAGAAAACAAAUCAAAGUAUGAAAAGAACCAAUUAAAGCAGGUUAAGACUUCCAAAGAAGUAACAAAAGAGGAUAAAGAGGAGGAGGAAGAUGAUGAAGGGUUGAUGACGGAGACCCUAACAAGGAAGCAGACUUUAGAAGAUAUUGAGGAUGGAAUGGUUGCUGAAGAGGGAGACAUAAGGGACCAAAACAACAGUAGAAAUACUGAAAGAGGUUCUCGGGUUUCUUCAAACCAGCAUAAAAACAAGUGUACCGAGGUACAGGUUGAUCCAAAGAAACUCUUCACAUUCGAAUCAAAGCUAGCAAAUAUUAAAACCCCAGCUGCAGUGACAGGAGAUGAUGACGAAGAUGAUGAGUUAGAUACUGAUGAACAGCAGCGGCUAACAAUAGCUCAAGCUUUUGAGAACGAUGAUGUCGUUGACGAGUUUACUAAAGAAAAGAAAGAGAUAAUGGACCGCGACACCCCAAAAGCUAUAGAUCUCACCCUUCCUGGCUGGGGCGAGUGGGGAGGCACUGGUAUCCAAAUAUCAAAGCGCAAGAAAAAAAAAUUCAUCAUUAAGGCUGCACCUGCCAAUCCUAGGAAGGACAAUCACUUAGGAAAUGUCAUCAUUAGUGAGCUUAAGGAUGAAUCCCUGCGCAAACAUCAGGUGUCAAAGUUACCUUUUCCGUAUGCAAAUGUACAGCAGUUUGAGCAGAGUGUGCGAGCACCAGUGGGCAACACCUGGAAUCCAGAAACUACCUUCAAGAACCUCAUCAAACCCAAAGUUGUUACCAAGCUGGGUUCUAUCAUUGAACCCAUUGACAAGGCUGAAGGCCCAGAACUCCUGCGGCAGGUGUUCUUGGAGAGAGGCUGGAUCGAGUUUGAUGAAGAUGAACAGGAGGAACAUGAAUGGAACUUAUGGUGGCGUACGUCACGUUUCCGCAAUUGUGAUUAUGAUCAAAUCUAUCCCUGGCAACGAUUGAACCACUACCCAAAGUCAACUGGCAUCACCAAAAAAGAUUGUCUGGCACGCAAUUUAAAGCGAAUGAAAGGUGUGCAUGGGGCAGGGGUGUAUAAUUUCAGUCCCAUAGCUUUUAAUCUUCCUAAUGACUAUACAAGAUUUGUUGCAGAAUAUGGAAAGUUAAAACAACAGUGUUCCGACUCCAAACAUCUACUUUGGAUUUGUAAGCCAGCAGACCUGUCCCGUGGCCGAGGGAUAUUUCUGUUCCGUGACAUCUCCGAUCUGCAGUAUGACUGCAACGCUGUGGUUCAGCAGUACAUCCCCAACCCUUUUCUGAUCGGAGGAUAUAAGUUUGAUAUCAGGGUGUAUGUAGCAGUGCCAUCCUUUUAUCCCCUGAACAUCUACAUAUUUGAGGAGGGUCUUGUGAGGUUUGGAACAGAGAAGUAUGACUUAAAUGCCUUAAAUAAUGUCUUUGCUCAUCUUACCAACACUUCCAUAAACAAACAUAGUCCUGGAUAUGCAUUGGACAAGGAGUGUGUGGGACCUGGAUGUAAGUGGACUAUCACACAGUUACGACAGUACUUUCACCAACAUAGAAUCAAUGACAGUACAUUGUGGACGAGAGUCGUCAACAUCAUCAUUCUGACCUUACUUGUUCAAGCUCCGCAAGUGCCAAAAUGUGACAACUGCUUUGAACUUUAUGGAUUUGACGUCCUUAUUGAUGACAAUUUAAAACCAUGGUUAUUAGAAGUGAAUUUUAGCCCAGCACUCAGCUUUGACUGCCAAGCUGAUCUCCAUGUUAAGAAACCAUUGCUUCAUGACCUGAUGAAGCUAUUGAAUUACAAGGAGAACGAUUUGGAGAGAGGUGGAGACGCUCUUAAAAAGCUUCUCAGUCGAAGCCGAGCAACAGACCCGUAUGAUCGUCACUCAUCUAUGAGUCAUACGAGUCAAAGAAAAACUACUCUUAGAAAGUCUACAUCCUUCCAAAAAAACUUGUCUUCAUUGAACAAACAGCAAACAGCUGUACAAGAAAGUGCAUAUUUUAUCAACGAAGUGCCAGAGUCUAAACAUGAAGAGAACAUGUGUUUUGGUUUACCGCUCGCCACUCCAGGAGAUGAUGGUCGACCUAGCAGUGCAAGCUCUGGGAUCUCCAGUGCAGACAGUGAUAAACUUGAGGGGGCAGAAGAAGGGAGCCCGAUGGAAAGGCAGAGGACAAUGGGUAUGAUGUCUGAGCGGUCCGCCACUGCAUGUAGUCGAAGGUUGGUCAGUAGGGAUGGUCGGACUAAGUCUGAGGAGUAUCAGGAAUACAAUAACAGUAUUGCGAAAGGAAGUGCCGUCCAUGCUGCCAUUGUACCUGUACACUCCAUGAUGGAGAGGUCUGCUACUAUGUCGUCUGUAGUAAGAAGGGCAGACUACCAACAGGGAUCACAGACUCUUACAGAAAAGAGCUCAACAAAGAGUUCUUAUACCUCUGACAGUGGUAUAUCAAGUUACUCUAAUUCUAGUCAUGAAAAUUCAGACUUGAUGUCAAAGCCAGAGAUUAGGAGGAAUGGCAAGUUGUUGCCUCAGAGAUUGCAGACUAACAACUUAAUACACCAGAAGGUGGACCAGGACCAAAUCUCACACAGAGGGGACCAGAGUCCAUUGUUUGGUCGCAGGGAUAAUAUCUACAACAUCAAAUCUCUCCGGCCCAACGAAACAUCAAAUACACUUAAGAAGAUUGCAGCAUCUGGGAUGACAAAUUCUCAACAGCAGUAUCGCAAUAGUGGGAGAUAUAAGGGUGCUGGAGACAAGAAUUUCCGCAGAAAUUCAAUGUAUCAGACACGUUCAGCUAUCCGGUACUCCACACCCCGAUCAAGUCGUGAGACACCUGUUCGCAGGGACAGCAAUGCUCAGGGCAACAACAAUGCUGUUCAGGGUUCAAGGUCUCAACUUUAUGUGUCAACUUCACCAGUUCCUCGGCGAUUAACUCGAAAUGCAGAACGACAAAUAGCUCCCCCUUUUCGAAAGAGCCAAAAUUCACGACUUGGUGUGAGCACUAAGCAAAGUGUGAACUCCAAUGGACUUAGAUCAAAAGGUCCAUGUUCUAGAGUAGGGGACAUGUGUUUGGUGUUUCCCUUCAGUGAUAUCACUCUCCGGACUGCUAAUGGCACAUUAGACCCACAUGUUGUAAUUAAGGAGACGCAGAGACUGCUCAGAGAAUCACUCCAUUCUGUGGAUAAGGGUUCACAAGGACAGAAGAUGGGUGGACAUCUGCCCUUUGGACAGCCUUUAGAUGCUGACAGAUUGUGGGGACCCAUCAAACAGCUACCGGAAGAGGCUGGUUGAAUUCAGCUACCAAAUGGAUGGGUUUGAUCUAUUGGUUACCUGUAGAAGGAGGACACCUUGAGUCUACUAUAUACCUGGACAGUUACAGACAUGUGUGCCUUGACUAAACUGAAAUCACGUACAAGACCAGAACCAAGCCUAUGAUCAGUAUUACCAUAUCAUGCCAAAGUAUGGAUACGUGCCCUGAACAACCAGGACAGUAAAUUGAAUUUCCUAUGCAAUAUUUUCGUUUUCUGUAUUGUUUGUUAUUGAGUGUAUAUUGGUUCGAGUAAUACAAUCCGAUGAAGCGACCGUCUGUAAUCUUGUGACACUGUGACCUCGCAUGUACUAGGAAUGAUUGACAAAUUAUACGCAGUUGUGGUAAAGAUCUAUUGUUUUUGAUGGCUUUUUGGUUUAGAAAGUUUGAGAAAAUGAAUGAAAUAUAAAGGAAUGUACAUGUAUAUGUUUACAAUUCAUUAAAGCUAGUCUUUAAGUUU